AUGUCUCAAGACUCAGAUACCGAAGCCAAAUUCUUGGCAAAUGUCACAGAUUCUAUGAACAAGUUGAUGAAAGAACUUCAUGAAUUGUAUGAAUUUAGAGAUCUGUUUUUCGAAAACCAUCCUAUAGAAAUGGCUGCAGAAAAGAAUCAAAGACUUGAAGAGCUAAAGAAAGUGUUGGCUGAGAAGUUUGAAGAAAUUGAUGAUUCUAAACUCCCUUCCGCCGAACGUGCCAAGUUUCUCUAUAUGAAAGGACGAACUUAUAACAUUAGUCGCACAUAUGAUGCAAGGGCAACAGAAUGUCUCAGCAAGGCUGUAAAAUUAAAUCCACAUUUUGUAGAGGCUUGGAAUGAACUCGGAGAGUGUUAUUGGAAGAACAUGAACGUAAAAGAGGCAAAGGCUAGUUUUGAAGGUGCUUUGAAGCAUCAACGCAACCGUCUCUCCUUACGUUGUCUCUCAAUAAUUCUCCGUCAGGAAAUUGGCCCUAGAAAAAGAUCAGAGGUCAUUCCGACCAUCCUGAAAAGUGUAGAACUUGCCAAAGAGGCAGUGACCCAGGAUAUUAAGGAUGGAGUGUCCUGGUCUGUUCUGGGUAAUGCCUAUUUGUGUCAGUUUUUCACCGUGGCUCAGGAUCCGGCAACAUUGAAGCUGUGCAUGAGUGCAUAUAAACAAGCCGCUUUGGAUCCAAUAGCAAAAGGACAGCCUGAUCUUUAUUAUAAUGAAGGCAUUGCUUUAAAAUAUUCAGAACAGUACUCUGAAGCCCUGGAGAAGUUCUCGUACGCGUGUCGUCUGGACCCCUCGUGGGCUCCCCCGCGCCAGGAAAGCUCUCGCGUCCUCAGCUUCACGCAGGCCGCGACCACACUCGUACGCACUCGUGGGAAACUGAAAGCUAAGAGGCUCGCUACAAUGGUCCAGUCAAUCGAUAAAAAAAUGCUGGGCAUGUACAGCGAGGGAAGCUUGCAUAGUUUCGGGCGCGGCCGCGAGGUGGCGCUGGAGCUGGUGCGGCUGGACGCCUUGCAAGAGGGGAAUAAUGAAGCCAAAGUAGUCCUCGGCAAGGUCGUCGGUUCCAUACAUAAUGACAACUCUGUUCCUUUCACAUUUGCUAUGGUGGAUGAAAGUAUGGAGUGUAUACUCGUGACGGUGUACAACUGGGCCGAUGGACGAGGAGCCAUAAUAGGUGAUUGUGUGACCUUGCCUGAGCCUCAGCUAACUUCACAUAAAGUUGAUUCUGAGCUUGCGAAAUACGAAUUCAAAUCGAUUCGCGUGAACAACCCGAUGGUGCUGCUGGUGAACGGUAAGCGCGUGGGGCGCAACCAGGUCGCGAGCACCUGCGUCACCAGCACCUACGAGGCGCACUGA